CUAAAGUGAAAUGUUGCCAACGGGUUUAAGUUGUAUAUGCCACAUGCUGUAGAGGUGACAAGUAACAUGAUUUUAGCGUGGCACAGUAGCAGUACUUAGCGCCGCCGCUGCCACAAAAUAACAGUGUCACUGUCACACAACCAACAUCAACUGACAGCCAGCAUCGCCACCCCAAGUGUGCCCAAUGUAAAUCAAAGUUCCUACAUUUUAAAUUAAGCAUCAACAACGACAACAAAAAUACUCAAAAGAAAAAAAGAAAAUCUCAGCAAAAAAAGAAAAAUCCAACAGAAAUAAAUAAAAGAGUUGCAGUUUCAUCCAUCCAUGUUCGUAUGGCAGAAGAAGAUAUAAAUGGAAACAAAGAAAUAAUAAAAAAAAUCAUCCUUCUCACCGACAGCAUCAGCAGCAAUAACAUCAUGUCUCAGUUGUAUUUACCAAAGUAUUAAAUGAGGGAUUUGUUGCAACUAUAAUUCUAUAGUAAUUUCUGUUGCUGUUGCAUAUGAAGUUGGUGGUGUGGUUGUUGUUACUGCUGCCGCUGUCUUUUAAGCGCAAUGAUAUCCCAUGAACAACAAGCGGAAAUGCUUGUUGUAUCAAAGUCAAAGGAAUCACAAAAAAUCUUAACUUCCACAGACAUUCCCAAUGAAACUUUAACGAAUUUAACGAAUCUGUUGCCAUCAUCAACAGCCUUAACAACAGCAACAAAAGCAGAACAACAACAAACAAGUCAAACAUUCAAGAAACCAAAUCUAGAUGCUGCAGUUGUAUUGAAUGUAAAAUGUCAUUGUGAUAUUGAAAAUUCUCAUUGUAUUUCGUCAAAUUCGUAUGGAUUUUAUCAUCAUCAUUGCAUGAAUCCAGCGUAUUUUUAUGAAUUGCCAACAAAGUUUUCAUUGUUGCCAAGUGUGAUUAGUGGCGGUGGUUGUGGCACUAAUGCCGCUAGUGUUGGCGCAAGGAACGAAACUAAUGCAAAGCAACUUUAUUUGGCCGAUAGAAAACGUUGCUGGCCUCCGCCAGUAUUCAUUAUUUUCAUAUCACUGUUGGAGAUCGGUGUCUUUAUGUACGAUUACAUGACAGUGAGAGCCCAAACGGAAUUUAACAGCACCAGCAUACCAAGUGAGUCACUCUUGAUUUAUCGACCAGAUCGUCGGCUACAGAUAUGGCGUUUUCUAACGUACAUGGUCUUGCAUGCAAAUUGGUUUCAUUUGGGUUUCAAUGUCAUCGUUCAACUGCUCUAUGGUUUGCCAUUGGAAAUGGUACAUGGCUCCGCACGUAUUGCGGUAAUUUAUUUAGCUGGUGUUUUAGCCGGCUCACUGGGCACCAGUGUCAUUGAUUCCGAAGUGUAUUUGGUGGGAGCGAGUGGUGGCGUUUAUGCGCUGCUGGCAGCACAAUUGGCGAAUGUCAUGAUUAACUUUGGGCAAAUGCGUUACGGUGUCUCUCAACUGUUGGCCGUCUUAAUAUUUGUGUUUUGUGAUACAGGCUAUGCGUUCUAUAGUAAAUUUCUAAUCGAAGACUCUUUGCAUAUAAUACCCUCGGUAUCGUAUAUAGCUCACUUGACUGGAUCUUUAGCCGGUUUCACUAUUGGACUUUUAGUAUUAACGAAUUUUGAACAUAAAACUGAAUCGAAUUUAAUACGUUGGCUUGCGUUUGGCGUCUAUGCAUCAUUUACUUUAUUCGCCAUUGCAUUUAACCUGGUCAAUACUGUCAUUGCUCAAAAACUCGAAGAAGAAGGUGAAGUUAUUAAACAACAUUUGUUUCAUGAUUUGGGUAUUUCCUAAAUAAACAUUAUUCAUAAAUA